AUGGUGCAAGAAGAAGGUGGGUUUAUACGGCGUAGACGUACUAGAGCGUCCGCACAAAAAGUUAGCUAUAAAGAAAUAAGUGACCAUGAGACAGAUGAGGAUGAUGAGAAGACAUUGAAAAUUGAAAGUACUAGUGAUGAUGAGUAUAGAGAUAAUGCUGUCUUACUUUUCAAGGACGAAUACGAGGAUAGAAUUGAAAUCAUACCGGAUUCUGCUGAUGAAGAAACCCUAAGUGAGGACUUUACUAUAAAGACUGAAAGAUUAGAAGAAGAUGAUGAUGACGAUGAUGAGCCUUUAUCAAAAAGGCGUAGGACUACAAGGCCUGAACGUAAACGUGCACCAGCCAAGAAGAAGAAGGAUAAAGGACCGAAGUUAACCCCAUAUGAAAGAAACACGAUAAGACUUUUUGAAAAUCAUCCAGAACUACAGAAUGUAUUUCCCGAUUUGCAAAAUGCUCCAGCGUAUGUUCCAACUAGAGCUACUCAGCCAGAUGGUAUGAAUAUAAAGCUUCUUCCUUUCCAACUAGAGGGACUGCACUGGUUAAUAUCUCAGGAAGAUGGUAUGUAUGCUGGAGGGGUUUUGGCAGACGAGAUGGGUAUGGGUAAGACAAUUCAGACUAUUGCCCUCUUGAUGAGUGAUGUAGCCAAGACGCCUUCUUUGGUUGUAGCACCAACUGUCGCCCUGAUACAAUGGAAAGACGAAAUAGAACAACAUACGAAUGGUAAACUAAAAGUAUAUGUGUAUCAUGGUUCCUCAAAAACUGUGAACAUUGCUGACAUGGCUGGUUAUGAUGUCAUUCUCACCACAUAUGCUGUUUUAGAAUCUGUUUUCAGAAAGCAAAAUUAUGGGUUCAGAAGAAAACAUGGCCUGGUUAAAGAGCCUUCAGCUUUACAUAACAUGGAGUUUUAUAGGGUGAUUCUAGAUGAGGCCCAUAACAUUAAAGAUAGACAGAGUAAUACUGCCAGAGCCGUAAAUCUUUUGAGAACUAAAAAAAGGUGGUGUUUAAGUGGUACUCCUUUGCAAAAUAGAAUUGGUGAAAUGUAUUCCUUGAUUAGGUUUUUAGGUAUCGAUCCAUUUUCUAAAUAUUUCUGCACUAAAUGUGAUUGUGCCUCCAAAGAGUGGAAAUUUUCCGACAAUAUGCAUUGUGAUAGUUGUAGCCACGUUAUAAUGCAACACACAAAUUUUUUUAAUCAUUUUAUGUUAAAAAAUAUCCAAAAGUAUGGUGUCGAAGGUCCAGGCCUAGAAUCAUUUAAUAAUAUUCAAAUUUUAUUAAAAAAUAUUAUGUUAAGAAGAACUAAAGUAGAAAGAGCCGACGACUUAGGUCUACCACCAAGAAUUGUGACUGUUAGACGUGAUUAUUUCAAUGAGGAGGAAAAAGAUCUUUACCGAAGUUUGUAUUCUGACGUGCAGAGGAAAUAUAACUCGUAUGUCGAAGAAGGUGUUGUUCUCAAUAAUUAUGCUAAUAUUUUUUCAUUGAUCACAAGAAUGAGACAGUUAGCCGAUCAUCCUGAUUUAGUUUUAAAGAGAUUGACAAAGGAUUUGACGGAUACUACUGGCGUUAUUGUUUGCCAGUUAUGUGAUGAUGAAGCUGAAGAGCCAAUUGAAUCGAGAUGUCAUCAUAAGUUUUGCAGACUUUGUGUUCAAGAAUAUGUGGAAUCGUAUUUAGAAACCAAUAAUAACUUGACAUGCCCAGUUUGUCACAUCGGUUUAAGUAUUGAUCUUUCACAACCUUCUUUAGAGGUCGACGUUGAUGCGUUUAAUAAACAAAGUAUUGUUAGCAGACUAAAUUUGAAAGGCACAUGGAGAUCAUCUACUAAAAUUGAAGCCCUUGUGGAAGAGUUAUAUAAGCUCCGGAGCAAUGUCAGGACAAUUAAAUCAAUUGUAUUUUCUCAAUUUACAAGUAUGCUGGAUUUAGUUGAAUGGAGGUUAAAAAGAGCCGGAUUCAAAACGGUAAAGCUUCAAGGUAGUAUGUCACCUACGCAGAGAAGUGAAACAAUUAAGUAUUUCAUGAAUAACAUUGACUGUGAAGUAUUCUUAGUUAGUUUAAAGGCUGGUGGUGUCGCAUUAAAUUUGUGUGAGGCCUCACAAGUUUUUAUAUUAGAUCCCUGGUGGAAUCCAAGUGUUGAAUGGCAGAGUGGGGAUAGAGUUCAUAGAAUAGGUCAGUUUAGGCCAGUGAAAAUCACUAGAUUUUGUAUAGAGGAUAGUAUUGAAUCAAGAAUCAUUGAAUUGCAAGAAAAGAAAGCUAAUAUGAUUCAUGCUACUAUAAAUCAAGAUCAAGCUGCCAUAAAUCGGUUAACUCCUGCUGAUCUACAGUUCUUAUUUAAUAAUUAA